CACACGCGACGAAGAAGAAGAGUUAACGCGAAGAAUACAAGAAUGGUCGGUUACUUUGCGUCAGCUUUCGCUCUGACGUUAAGCUCAUUGACGUUGCGUGACGUUUAGAAGUUUAUCAACAAAUCGUUUACAUUUUCCCAGGAAAAAGAUGGGAAACGUGGACACGAAGCUAAAUUUCCGCAAAGCGGUGGUCCAAUUGAUAUCAAAAUCUGAGCCCGUAGACGCAAGCGAUGACACAUUUUGGGAGCAGUUUUGGAGCGAGAACGUGUCGAACGUGCAGGAUAUAUUUACACUAAUACCAGCGCAGGAAAUUAGACAGUUAAGGGAAGAUGCUCCCGCAAACUUGGCCACCCUGUGCUACAAGGGCGUUGAGAAAUUGGUCCAAGCUGUCGAUAGUAGCUGUAGGACACAUCGCGAACAACAAAUAGUGUUGAAUUGCACAAGGCUUUUGACGCGAAUAUUGCCAUAUAUUUUUGAAGAUUCAGAGUGGAAAGGAUUCUUUUGGUCCGCGCUGCCUAGUCAAAAUGAAGACGAAGAUCAAUCUGUGCCGUUGGCCCAUUCUUUACUAAAUGCCGUUUGUGAUCUCCUAUUCUGUCCCGACUUCACCGUAAUAGCGGGCAAAAAAAGUGGACCAGACAAAGCGGAAGAUUUGGCCGUCAUUGACAGUUGCGAGUACAUAUGGGAGGCAGGGGUGGGGUUCGCUCACUCCCCGCCCCGGAGCCCACCGUUCGACGCAAACCGCACCGAGUUAUUGAAGCUGCUGCUGACGUGUUUCAGCGAGACCAUGUACCAACCGCCCGCCGACAUAUCGCAGAGUCCCAACCGGUGGAUCAUGCACCUUACGUCGUCCGAGAACAGGCACGCUUUGCCCAUGUUUACAUCGUUGCUAAACACAGUCUGCGCGUAUGACCCGGUGGGUCUUGGGGUGCCCUACAACCACUUGUUGUUCAACGAUUCCUUGGAGCCGCUCGUCGAGGCCGCCCUCCAGAUCUUAAUUGUCACGCUUGACCACGACACUGGGUCGUCUACCCCCGCGGAAACCGAUGACACUUCGAUACCCGACAACCUGUUCAUCAACUACCUGUCGCGGAUUCACCGCGACGAAGACUUCCAGUUCAUCCUGAAUGGGGUGACGCGACUGCUUAACAAUCCCCUCGUUCAGACAUACCUGCCCAACUCGACCAAGAAGGUGCACUUUCACCAGGAAUUGCUGUUUUUUUUCUGGAAGAUGUGCGACUACAAUAAAAAGUUCCUUUACUUUGUGCUGAAGAGCAGCGACGUUCUUGAGGUGCUCGUGCCGAUCCUUUACCACCUCAACGACUCGCGAGCGGAUCAGUCCCGCGUAGGUCUGAUGCACAUCGGCGUCUUCAUACUACUGCUGCUCUCAGGCGAGCGCAACUUCGGCGUGCGUCUCAACAAGCCGUACACCGCGACCAUCCCGAUGGACAUACCUGUAUUCACGGGCACCCACGCCGAUCUCUUGAUCAUAGUGUUUCACAAGAUUAUCACGACAGGUCACCAACGACUACAGCCGUUGUUCGACUGCCUCCUCACCAUCCUCGUCAACGUGUCGCCUUACCUGAAAACGCUGUCGAUGGUCGCGAGCACCAAACUUUUGCACCUGCUCGAGGCGUUCAGCACACCUUGGUUUCUGUUUUCCGCGCCCCAGAACCACCACCUCGUAUUUUUUCUCCUCGAAAUCUUCAACAACAUCAUCCAGUACCAGUUCGACGGCAACUCGAACCUUGUGUACACCAUCAUCAGGAAGCGGCACGUUUUUCACGGCCUCGCGAACCUGCCCAGCGACUAUGGCACCAUAGCAAAGUCGAUCAACAAAAAAGCGAAGAAGCUGCAAGACGAGACUAACGCGCCGGAAGCGGCGAUGGAGGGGUCACACCCGGCGCUGCCGGCCGAGCCCGGCACGUUAAAGGCCACGUUGCCGGAUACGCCGCAGAUCGCACAGAUGACGGAACGCGAGUCCGCGCACCCGACGUACCAGCAGUUGGAUCAGGUGCCGUUGACCAACGGCGUGGCAACCACGCCAACCAAAACAACGGAGCCCAAAGCGUCUGCGUCGGAUCCGGAGCAGAGCCCGGAGGGUUCGGCGUUUACGCGAUCGGUCGCGACGAGGAACAGCCUGAGGGUCAGCGGCAACAGCCGGGAGAGCCACAACGGGCAGUGGGUGCCGACGGGCGAGUGGGUUCAUUCGUGGAAGAGCAAACUGCCACUGCAGACGAUCAUGAGACUGCUCCAGGUCCUAGUGCCUCAGGUGGAGAAAAUAUGCAUCGACAAGGGACUGACGGACGAGAGUGAGAUCCUAAAGUUUCUCCAGCACGGCACCCUGGUAGGGUUGCUGCCUGUGCCGCACCCCAUCCUCAUCAGGAAGUACCAGGCGAACUCGGGCACGACCACCUGGUUCAGAACGUAUAUGUGGGGUGUCAUUUACCUCCGCAACAUGGAACCGCCGAUUUGGUAUGACACAGACGUCAAGCUGUUUGAAAUACAGCGGGUCUAGUUUCCGUUGCCAUGCCGCUUUUGAAUUUUGAACAGCGGAGUCUCGGGGUGCCGCUCGGCGGACUUCAAGGAAGGGCGUGCGAUUUUGUCGCUUUAAAUGUCGUUUUCGUUAACUUAUUCUUAGGCUAAUAGUCGCCACCAAUCACGUUUUUACGUUUAACAUUCCCAUAACAGACCAUAAUCAAACGAACGAUUUUAAUUUGCAUUUGUAAAAGAAUAAUAUUUAUUGUCGACUCGU